GAAAUUUCGAUAGACAGCCUGUUCACCCGUUCCGCCAAAUUCCAGCAAUUCAGAUUUCAAAUGAUGGCUUUUGGGAGCUGUUUUCCGGCAUUAUGGAAGUAUCUCUCCAAAGACAGCUCUUACCGGGGUUGUCUUUGCUGCGUUGAAAAAGUGAGUCCGAGUGCUUUCCUUAGAAAGUUUGAAAUGAAUUUGAUUGUUCUACUGUGUUCUACAAUGUUCUACUGUUUUUGUCGCUCCCAACAAGCAGUCAAUAAGUGUGGAGGGACAGCUACCACAUUCGUCUCCUCUGAAGACUUCCAUUGGGCAAUGUACAAUCAGGAAGGAGAGGAACUCUAGAUAAAGGUGAACAAGCCAUGUUUGGCUUAAGUUGCGGUUGUGUGAGUAAGCUACAUGCUUUUAUGACCCGCACUCAUUAGCUCCAGGCGAUGAAGCCAGCAUUUACUUUCUCUUGAUCACCCUCAAGACAAGAUGAAUGAUAUCAGCUAUUAAAGUAAUAAAGACCCCAUUGGCUCUGCCAAAUGAAUGAGGAGUCAUUGAAACAACUUCUUGAGAUGUUGCCGUCUUCUUCUUGGGAGCCUCAAAAUAUCACCGCAGGCUGUUUGCCCUUUGAAAGCUAUUUCUCCUUCGCAGGCAUCACAGACUCAGAAACACCGAAAUUAACAACAGAGAAGCCACAGGUAGAUGCCAUGUAUUUAGGAGACCCCUUGCAAGGAGCAUCAACUGGAGUCAACGUGCUGAACAUGUUUACCCAGCCCAGAGACAUUCAGAAACUUCAGAGGAGGAACAUACCAAGAAAGAUGCGUUGGACCCCAAAGAAUACGCUUGUCUUGGAAAUGGAAGGGACUCUGGCCUUGUCCUCCUUGACAGCUGUCUGGGAUGAUGCCUCAACAUUCACCACACCUUUCCAGGACAGGUGUUACCAGGUUUCCAUAAAGCUGAGACCACACCUUCCUGAAUUUCUAGAAGCCCUGGCCAAAAUCUAUGAGAUUUUUGUGUUUACUACUGCCAAGCAAGAUUAUGCGGAUCAAAUGUUGAAGGUCCUUGGACCCCAGAGGAAGCUAAUCAGGCACCAGCUAUAUCAAGAGGACUGUCUCUGUAGCCAUGGUUCCUAUGUAAAGGACCUGUCAGUAGUGGAAAGAGAUCUAGACAGGACUGUGGCAGUUGCAACUUACCUGCAAGCGUUUCCCUACCAGGAGCAAGCCAAACAGUUCCGCAGCCAACCUGCUCAAGCGGUGGGACCAAAAGGACUUCUCUACGUCCAGCAAAGAGAAUUUGCUGCUACCACAUCCAAAGAUGGUUCCGUUUCCAUUCUUGGCUCAGACGAUGCUACAACAUGCCAUUUUGUGGUUCUGAGACACACAGGGAGUGGAGCCAUUUGUCUAACUCACUGUGAUGGAUCAGACACCGAAACAGAAGUUCUGCUGGUGAUAAAUGCAGUAAAAGUUCUUUCUCCAAGCACUGACUGUGGAAGGUUGGAGUUGCAUCUGAUUGGAGGUUUUUGUGAUGACAGACGCCUGUCUCAGCGCCUUACCAGUCAACUCUUAAGAGCGUUUGACCGUCUGCUAGAUAAUGUUUAUUUGAUGACAUUCUGUGUCACAGAACUGAAUGACCUUCAGGAAAAUGGCAGGCAUUUGCCAUAUAUUUACGGAAUUGCUGCGAAUGUUAAAACUGGUGAGAUUUUCCACGCCACGUUUCCAGACCGAGGCCCUGAUGAAGACAUGCGGUCUGCCAGGGUCUUAGCAGGAGCAAAGAUGAUCAGCAUUUAUGACUCAAAGAAGGAACAACUUUGCAUUGGGCCUUACUACUGGAUGCCUUUUCCCCACGUGGAUUUCUGGUUGGAGCAGAGCAACCAGAGCAUCUUACAGAAUCUCUCCACUUCGCCUCUGGCGGAGCCACCCCAUUUUGUGGCCCACAUCCGAGCUACUCUGCUCUAUCUCAGAGAACAUCCGUUCCCCGAUAAGACUCUCUUCCCCACACAGAAACCUCGCCUCUACAAAAAAAAUGCGGAGGGCUUGUGGGAGAGAGUCUCUGGCCAGAUCUGACCCAAAGCAGAGGAACCAGGAGCGCUCUGGAAGUGAAAAUCAAGGAAGGUUGUCAGAGACCUUCCCUGUGACGUGCACAUUCACCUUUGUGAGCCCCACAGAGACAUCGGGGAAAACCAGUCUGUGGCAUUUACGUGGCGGUCUUGCGUGCCCACUCCAAAUAUCCCGUGUUUUCCAAAACAGCCAGCCAAUUCGGUGCAAAAUUAGGAAAUCUUUACACAUUUCAUGAGGUUGGGUCCAAAGUUCUCAAGAACAUAAAAUGGGCCUCUGUAGUAUUGCAAAGGAGGUGGAACCUGAUUGUGUUACUCCCAUCCUUGCUCCCUCAAGUUUUCUGGCUUUCAUCAUCUCUUCAGGACGUCAAAGUAGCCAUUAUGCUUCCUUCAUCAGAGCUAGGUCCUUGAUAAAAUAUCAGCUGGAGAACCUUCCCAUGCUGCAAUGAAGCGUUCUGGUCCCUGUUCUAGAGUACAGAUGGUCUGAUUCAAGGCCUGAUCUGCUUCAGUAAGAUUGGAAUGACCCAACACGAGGACGCUUCAGGUAGGUUAGAACAUGACCUUGACACAAGAUGUUUCGGUGAAGACCUUCUGACCUCUCUGGAACUCUUCUCAGUAGUGUUGGAGGAGCUUUCAAAUGAAGCUAGACCUUGUUGGUGCCACAUCAGAAGAAGCUGCUCCAGACUAAUAAUAGAGAUCUGUGUUGAGGCUCCGAGCAAUAGCUGAAGAAUGUUGACCAUGACAUUCUUCUUGGACUGAGGACCAAAUGUAUGCAAGCAAAUAUGUUGGGUGGGACUUGCCUACAUACCUAUCCUCUGAUAGGGACUUUGGAUCUUCAUGCAGCUCAAUGUGUGUGUGUGUGAUUCUCCUCAAUUCCUUUUUAAAGUUGAUUUUUCUACCAUGAAUCUCCAUAACUGGUCAUUGUUCCAGCAAAAAAACCACAUGGCUUCAGGUACGACUUUCAAGGCACACGUCUGUAUGGACAACGUUCAAGUUUUUGUUCCGGCUUUUUCAGGCUGUACUUUUCUCCACUGUUCAGCUUCCUGUUCUGUCGAAGAGAAACUGAGAGAAUCUGGCCUGAAUCUCACUGUCGCUGUGUCUUGCAGCACCCAAGGUGGUGGGGUUUUCAUUUAACCAGAUCCAUCAAACCGUUGAAUGUAGCCAAAAUAACAUGACGAUUAAAGGCAGUCCCCACUUAAAUCUUCUCCAUUUGCUUAAAAAAAAACAUGUCUUUUAUUAUACCCAUUUCUAAGCAAGGAUCUGACCAUUUUAUCAAAUGUGUUGGCUUUUGUUAACUAAACCCAAAAGCUUUUCCAAACACCUCUGCAUGUAAUGAAACUUUUAAAACUGUUUGAUGAUUUAAUCUGGUUUUCUUUUGAAGUAUUUAUGUGUCUCUGAAGUAGGUAUGUUUUUUCUUCGCUGUUGUUCUACAAUUUCUGGACAAGGCUGAACAUCCUCUGAGGUAUUUGUGAAUGUGCCAGACCUAAAGAAGCUAAUUAUAGGGAAGCAGCCAUUGGAACUUCAGAACCUGGUUGUAAGUACCUUUGAGGGGUCCAUUGUAAUGUUGAAUGAUCACUAAGUGACUGAUUGUUAAGCUGAGGACUACAUGUGUGGCACUUUUAAGCUAUAUUUUUUAGCUGGAUUCACCUACAGUGCUUAAUUGUAAAGUGAUAUGGGGUGGUGAUGGUGGUGACUAAGUGUAAUUAACAAUCUUGUUCAGUGAAUAAAAUACAAUUCAUUUAAGGGCAA